UGCAGCAGCAGCAGCGGCCAACGCCGCCGCCACCGCCGCCGCCUUAUGGGAGUGUGCGUGCCUCCCGCUCCCUCCCGCCCGCUCCCCGGGCUGUAAGAGAGGGCAGUAAAUCUGGAGCGAGAGACACCCGCUCUGCCGCACGUUUCCAGGCGCCGGCUUCCCAGCCGCCGCCUCCACCUCUACUGCUGCUUCUCUUUGUCCGGGGAAAGGAAGGAGGGAGGGAAGAAGGGAGGAGUAGUUGCUGCUGCUGCUGCUGCUGCGGCACCAGGUGCAUCCUCGGAGCUCUCCAUCACUCGGCGCCCCUUCCCCCGGGCACUGAGCCGCGCGCUUGGAGACCCGUGGCGGGGCGGCGGCAGCUUCCUUGGGUGGGUGUCCGCGUACAGGUUUCCAACAACUGGAUUGAUUGUCUACUAGGGAAAAUUGUCACCAAUGGCAGUAAAACUGAUUUUCUGGUGCACUGGCUCCUAUAUAGUCCUAAAAUCUUGGAGAUUCAUGAUGAAAAAGACUUGCCCUGCCAUAGAAGGAAAUGAUGGAGUCUAAAUGCAGCUUGAGGUCAGCUGGACUAACUGGCUCUCAUUCAGAAGGAACCUAACAGACCAGUUACCUUGCCGUAUGUCCUGAACAUUGCUUGGCUCUGGAAACUGUUCUAAAAAUGAUCAAAGCAGGACAAAAAUGUAACAGUGACAUGGGACUCCAAGCGGCCUGAGAAGCAGUGUCUAUUUAAUUGCUUUGCAAUUGGGAAGAAGGACUUUUAGAUUUAGUUGGGCCACUAAGAAAGGCACCUUCCUGCCCACUGAAGGGUUAAAAUGAGUGCUCCAUUGGUUCCCAACAAGUCAUGUUAUUCUCAGGUGCAAGACAACAGAAAUGGAGUGAAAAAUAAUAAUGAAAGCGCCCCAAGCUUGGGAGACACCAACGCCAACCAAAUCACACCCGAGGUCAGCCCCUCUGUUGGUGACACCGAGAGAUGUGGUCUUGUAGAAGAAAUUGGAAACGGGAAUAUAGGUGGAUCAGAGACUAUCACCCAGCUCCACGAAGACUUCCACCAACUUCGGGCUUAUAGGAAAGAAGCCCAGAGUGGCCACAUCAGUCUGAAGGAAUUGACGUUUGCUUCUACUCGACCGAAGGAUCUGAAUGAAGAGUGCGCGAUGGAGGAAGCCGUGGAUAUCAUUCCUCAGCUGAUCCAGGGACCAGAGCUGUCCAGUCUGAAAAGUGUUGUUCAUGGGGCCCAUCCAGAGGUUCUUGCUCUAAGUGAUGCUGACAUUAUCCAGCAUGUGUCUAGGGAGAAAUUGGCGAAAACCCAAGAUAGUGAAGAACUGAAACGACAUUCUUUGGAAAGAGCGAGCAGCUUUCCUGCUAAAAUGGAAGCAUUCACAAGAGAGCAUGCCAGUAGCCUGACUUAUAAACACUUCCAGCCUGCUUUGCUCGAUUCCACUGAAACCUCAUCACAUCAUGUAGCUGGAGGCAUAGAGAAAUCACAGAAGACAUCAACGGAUCACCUUCUAAGGGCAGUUUUUCAUCCAAAUGACAAUACCUCAGAGGAAAAGAUUGUGUUUUAUCCUAAACCAUCUACCUCAGGAACCGAGGAAACUGUUCUCCCAGAGACCCACAUGGAGGGGAGAAAUUCUCUGAAUAUUGGCAUUGAAAGCACACCCCAUCCUGCCUACCGAGAUCCCCCUCUCAUUUUCACUACAGCACCAGAGAGGAUCUUGAAGAAGCCAGAAGCACAAUUGGGUCAGGGAGAGGAGGGGCCCAAACCAGAGGUGAAAAAUGCACCACCCUCGCAACCCAAGAAGGUUUGGGAGCAAAAAUGGCCACAGGCCGAAUGCCCAGACCUGCCCAAGGUAGAAGGCAUGUUGACAUUGGAGAAGAAAGAAAGGACUGAGGGAAAAGAGGGAGGAAGAGUCCUGCCCUUUCAAGACUCGUGUGAGGAUGCAGUGGAUCACGUCACAAGUCAAGGGACGACCUCUGCAGAUGGCAUUCAGGGAUUUUCUGAGUUGGGGAGAGGAAGUAGUGACAAUGAGAAGGAGAUAAAUACUCUGUGUGAUGAAGGUUCAGGAGCUACUGCCCAGAAACUGGAGGCUGCCCUCCCUGUUGCCUUAGAGACUGACAGUGAUCAAGAGAGAGGCAAAGGUAUACUAGCCCCAGCUAAGUGCUUGGGGGAAGCGGUACCCGAUGGCAUUCCCAAAGGCGAUGGCCACACAGCAUUUACUCCUGGCAUUCUAACUGAGAGCAAACCUUUGAAAGUUAAAGAAAAUAAAAGCAUGGUAGUUGGAGGAACCAUGGAGAACAUCGCAGUUUUAGCUCUGGACCCUUUGGCUCAAACCAACGGCGAAAGUGUGUCCAUUGAACAUCCAGUCCAUCAGGACAGCCCUUUAGAAGCAAUGAAGGAUCACCAGUCUGCUGCUGCUCCUGAAAAUAAAGAUCUUCCAGAUGAGACAGCAAAUGAGGUGGAAACGGUUGCAGGAAGAACGGUUGGCAUCCCAAGAUCACUGCACGCGGCGACAACUGUAGAUAUGAACCACCAGCCCUCCUCCUCCAACAGCAAUCUGAAGGAGCUUUAUACAUUUCACCAUGACACGGUGUCAUCUUCUACCAUCCUACCUCCCGUUGACAGUGCACAGUUAUUGAAUAUAUCUUCUAAAGUGCCUAAUAAGACUGCUUGCAACAGCGGGAUUCCCAAGCCCAUCUUGGUACAUUCCAAGGACUCUCUUCCCAACCAGGGAGAGAUGGAGAGUGACUUUGUUGAGAGACCUGAAGAGAAGAUGGAAUCAGAGCCCAUUAUCAUACCUAAACCGAAACACGUGAGACCCAAAAUCAUCACUUAUAUCAGGAGGAAUCCUCAGACUCUUGGCCCGGUGGAUACCUCGUUGGUUCCCGUGGGGCAUCCUUAUGCUGCUCCAUCAUGUGGCAUGCCUCUGUCAAAAGACCAGAAGGCAUCAAGUGGUGACUUGAAACCGGCCACUAACCUCUAUGAAAAAUUCAAACCAGACUUGCAGAAACCUCGAAUCUUCAGUUCUGGAUUGAUGGUAUCUGGGAUCAGGCCUCCAGGACAUCAUUUUAGUCAGAUGAGUGAGAAGUUUUUGCAGGAGGUUGCAGACAGACCCGGGAAAGAAGAAUUCUGUUCACCCCCAUAUACCCACUAUGAAGUACCUCCAACAUUCUACCGAUCUGCCAUGCUUCUUAAACCCCAGCUGGGUUUGGGUGCGAUGUCCAGGCUGCCAUCUGCCAAAAGCAGGAUUCUAAUUGCAAGUCAGAGGUCUUCAAGUACUUCUCUUCAUCCGCCAGGACCAAUUUCAAAUGCUACCAAUCUCUAUCAUUCCGAUCCUUCAGCUGAUUUGAAGAAAGCCUCCAGUUCAAAUGCUGCAAGAGCCAACCUUCCCAAAUCUGGACUUCGCCCUCCUGGAUAUUCUCGUCUCCCAGCUGCUAAACUGGCAGCGUUUGGUUUUGUCAGGAGCUCCAGCAUUUCUUCUGCCUCCAGCAACCAGUCAGUGGACAGUGUCCAAAGCGAUCAGAAUAAAACAGCCCACCGUUCCAGCUUUGUAAACGAAGACCAGCCUGCUCCGAAGGCAGCUGUGCUUUCGAAAGAUGCGCCCAAGGGGACCAGUCGGACCACAACACAAGCCCCCAACAUUGUGACUACUCCCCGCCGGAGUUUGCUUCCUGCGCCAAAACCACCCUCCACGCCUGCUGGAUCUAAGAAGGAGGUGCAGAAAGAUCAAGAAGCCAAUAAGCCAGUUGUUUCGUCCCCUAAGAGACUGGCCGCUUCAACUACAAAACUUCACUCACCAGGAUACCCAAAACAAAGGGCUGCUGCUCCAAGAAAUGGGUUUGCCACCAAACCCGAUCUACAGGCCAGGGAAGCGGAAAGGCAGUUUGUUCAACGACUGAAAGAAAAAUGUGAAGAACAAUCCAAGCAGCUGAGCUCCAUUCAGGGAGAACUGCAAAGGGCCAUCCGAGGCUUUGAAGUCUUUGCUGUGUCUACUCAGCAUUUCUUUGGGAAGAAUGAAAGUGCCCUUGUGAAAGAAAAAGAGCUGUCCAUCGAACUUGCAAACAUCAGGGAUGAAGUUGCCUUUAAUACAGCAAAAUGUGAGAAAUUACAAAAAGAGAAGGAGGACCUGGAGAGAAGGUUUGAGGACGAGGUGAAGAGACUCCGUUGGCAGCAGCAGGCUGAACUCCAGGACCUGGAGGAAAGGCUGCAGCAGCAGUAUGUGGGAGAAGUGAAACGCCUACAGGAGGAACAUCGGCUGCAGCUAGUGAGGAUCAAGUGUCAGCAUCAGGAGCAGGUAGAAGAUAUCUCAGCUACCCAUGAGGCCACCUUGUUAGAGAUGGAAAACAAUCAUUCUGUGGCCAUCGCUGUCCUCCAGGAUGACCAUGAACACAAAGUUCAAGAACUGAUGUCUGCCCAUGAGCUUGAAAAGAAAGAAUUGGAAGACAGUUUUGAAAAACUGCGGUUAUCACUCCAGGACCAGGUGGACACGCUCACGUUCCAGAGCCACUCUCUCCGGGACAGGGCCAAGCGCUUCGAGGAGGCUUUGAGAAGAAACACCGAGGAGCAGCUGGAGGUCGCGCUGGCUCCCUACCAGCACCUGGAAGAAGACAUGAACAGUCUGAAGCAAGUCCUAGAGAUGAAGAAUCAACAAAUCCACCAACAGGAAAAGAAGAUAAUUGAGCUGGAAAAGCUGGCUGAAAAGAAUAUUAUCCUAGAAGAAAAAAUCCAAGUGCUCCAACAGCAAAAUGAAGACCUCAAAGCAAGAAUUGACCAGAACACUGUGGUCACAAGACAGUUAUCAGAGGAAAAUGCUAAUCUUCAGGAGUAUGUGGAAAAAGAAACCAAGGAAAAGAAGCGAUUAAGUAGAACCAAUGAGGAGCUGCUUUGGAAACUCCAAACUGGGGACCCCACCAGCCCCAUUAAACUGUCCCCCACCUCUCCCAUUUAUCGCUCUUCCUCUGGGCCUCCUUCGCCAGCCAAGAUGAGUACUGCUCCAAGAUGACACCACCACGCAGCCUUCAGAUGCCCCCCAAGCUUCCUGGAUCCCCUGAGGGUUUUCAUCCCAAGAGAGUAUUAACAAGAGUAGGUGAUCCCUGAGAUCUGCUACUGCCUGCAUGCUUGGUAGCAGCAUACCUGUGUCCUAGACGGCAUACUCUUCUAAUUCCAGUGUAAGAAGUCUUUGAUCUUGGCGCUCUGAUUUCCUAGAAAAGUGUAAACCUCGUAGUCUGGCGUGCAAACUUUUUUUUACCAUAGUUAGAGCCAAAAGACAGAAAGCUCUGAUGACUGAUUGUCUUUCUAAGGUGAACUUUCACUGCAAUAUUUCAGGUUAGUACAAAUGGUUCAAUUGGGAAUAGACCCUCAUGUAUGUACCACACCAACAUGUGUGUAUCUCUUGACCUGUAUAUGGAUGUCCUUGCAGCAGUUCUGAAUUGCAUUUUUUUAUAAUGCUAAGUGCUGAUAUAUUUUAAUGAUAGUCAGCAGUUUUCUAACUUGUGCCUAAGAAUUAUAACUAAAUUAGAUGCAUUUCUGUCUAGCCUCCCAGGAAUAUUUCUACCCAAAACAGGAAAAAAAAAAAGAAGCGCCUUCAGCCAUCCACCAAGUGGUAACCCUAUUUAACGUGAACACCAGCGAUUUGUGAUAUGGUAACUUGCCUUCACAACAAUCAGCUUCUUAUUCCACUUGUUAUGAGGUCACUGUUAUUCCAUUUGAAUUUUAUUAUUAGUAUCCUUGCUGUGUGAGUUGAUGAGGGACAGCAGCAAGAAACCCUGAGGGCUAUAGCAGUUUCUCAGAUGUUUUUCAUGACAGUGACUGGUAUGUGUUCUGAACCACAAGUCUUAGCUUUGUUCCUAAAUGACAUUUCAGAAGCAGUCGGCAAGCUAGCACGUGUUCAGAGAAAUGCGGUGGUCCUUCCAGAAGGAAGAUGAGAAGGACCACAGCAGGAACCAAGUUUUGGCCCCCAUCUCAAAAACCCUCUCCCAGAAACGACAAUUUUCCUUAAUACAGAGUGCACAGGCUGGCCCCAGCCUUUUGAUUUGAUUUGUUCCAGCUUCCCAUAAUCCUCUGGAGAGAUGUUGAAAAUGGAUAAAUGCAUAAAUAAUUACAUAAUGCCACGUUAGGGCCCUCCCCCCAUUAAAGGCCACCACUAGCCCUUCAGAUUGACCUUGAGAUCUUAACUACCCAUGUCUGGACUGCCAGUGGGAAAGGGGAUGUUGGCAACUUCCAGAGAACUGGCUAGUCCAGAUGGAUGAAGCCCUGAGCUUUGCUAGAUCAUCAUGCGGGAACCCUUGUUCAGUGAUGAGCCUGCAAAGCAGUUGAGGAGACUUGCUCCACAUGUAGCCUGGCCAGUUCUCCCAGAAGGAGCCUUGAUGACACAGACAACCCGAGGUUAGCCCCGGUUCUCUGUUGUUGGCUCGGGUGGGCCAGAUGAGGCCCCCUGCCUGCCAGGGCUUGUGUCUGGGAUGAUAGAAUUAGGACGUGAAAGAUGUUCUGUGGUGGUGUGGCAUAUUAGGAGUGUGGCUUACAAAAGGAGAAAAAAAUUAGUUUUUAAAAGAUGUGAAGAUGACGGUGGUAGUAAUGAUGAUGCCAUGAUUUUGUGUUUGUGGCAAGGACCCUAUGUGUCGCCCCUCUUCCUGAAGUUCCCUACGCCGAGCCCUGAGGCCCAAAGCAUACAGGCUCAGAGAGAGAAGGCACAGGGAGGAUCAUCAGCGGCUCCCCGGCGCUGUGCGCACAUGCUGCCGGCAGACACGUCUGGUCCAGGUAGAUGGAUGAGGCGACUCUCCCGGCAUGAAGCAAGGGUGUGCGUGCUGGGCCCUGGCACAGCUAGUUUCCAGUAGAUUUCCAAGUGUCUCUUGCCCACUUCAGGACAUGAAAAUUAGGUUAAGGUUUAAGAAACAUUUAUUUUUUCUUUAGUGGCUUUGCAUGAUGCUGUGAUAUUGAGUACGUUGGGCAUUCCGUUAGAAUAGAUCAUGCCAUAUUGACUAAGAGUUUUGAAAUACACAAUUAGAUGUAAUUUAACUUAGCAAGUAUGACCUGCAGGUACACACACGUCCCCAAGCAUAGUUCCUUAUUACGGCAACUUCCACUUUGCACUUGCUAAAUGCAGCUUCCCUGGCAAUACCUAUUUGUGUUAUGUUAGGUUCUGUGAUGAUGCCAUGUGUUAGGACGUUACAGUAAGAGUGGUAGCCAUGUUAGAACAAAAUCCCUUACUGGACUGACCAGAGCUUUAUACCCACCUGACUUUGGCCAGCUGAGUGAGCCACAUGGGCCCUGGCUUUAUCUGGGCUUUGCUGCCCCCUUCAUCUUGCCCCUCACCUCUGUUGAAAGACAUAUAAGCAGCAGCAGCUGCUUCCCUUCCUCCCCACAGAGAACUCAGGCCUCCCCCAAAAUGAGACUCUUCUGUCCCUCCUUUCAUCUACCCAUAUCUGAAAUACUCAGCAGAAGAUCCUUCUCACCAUCACCCACCCACAACCAGACCCAUUUCUGAUCGCCUCUGCCCCCGUCCCUCCAUGGAACCUGAGCUUUGACCGAGCAACAAGAUCACCAACAAAAACUUGGCCCCACAAAGAGUGCGUGCACGUGGCUGUGGGCACGGGCGCCUUUCCCGUGGAGCUUGGUGAGAUUUGUGACAUCCUGGUCUUGUUAGACUUUACAGGACUGCCCCCAGCUCUCCUAAAAGUCCUUGAUGACGUGUGAAGUGAAGUGAAACUGCCCAGCGGGGAUCUUAGGACAGCCCUUGAGUGAGAGACCCUCCCCCUGACUCAUCUAGAGAAAGUGUUUUAGAAAUAAGGAGCUAUUUUUGCAUGGGAGCUCAUACCGUUUCUACCAACUUAUUUCCCCAGUGAGCCCCCUAAUCACCCCCAGCCCCUGCAGGAUGAGGUUUCUGAGUCUUCAUUGUCAUCAUGGUCCUGGAUUCCUCUGAAGCCAGCUCAUGAUCCUCUGGAGAAGAGUGGUUCUGCUUAGGGAAGUCAGUGGUGGGCCAUGACCUGGUCAUGUCAGAGUGAGAGAAAUUGCACACCAAUAAAAAAGAACCAACUGGCGAUUCAUGACAAAUUUCUGCGGUCCUAUUUUUUUUAACACCAUUUGUUUUCCAAUCAGACCUUAUUGGGACCAUGUCCUUCUGCAGACAUCCACCCUUGCCCCUUGGUUCACUCAGAGCAGACUUUGCCUUGGAUUCCUGGCCACAGGCCAAGCAGGGUCCUGGUUUAUGGACAGCCGUCGCCCUUCUCUGGCAAAGGGAGUGAUGUGACGUAACAGCAUCUCUCGGGAGCUGGUCAGUAAGGGGGAGGAGGGGGCUUGUGAGAGCUUGAAGGACUGUCAUGUACUCUACAAGUACAGGGUUAAAGAGUCCCAUCACAGCACUUCCCUCCAGGUAAGAAAGCUUAACCACAUGCAAGAUGGGAGGCUAAUUCCUGUCAGAAACAUCAUCAGUGAACCCAGAAAGCUCAUCUUUAUUUCUUCUUACCUUCAAAGGAAGGGCUCCUCUCUGGAGUGGAGAAGAAAGAUGCACGGCCAGCAGAUAAUGUCUAGAAAAGUCUAGAAAAAUUUUAAGGACUCCUUUUAUAUUACUUCUAGGGAAGACCUAUUUCCUUAGGGCAGGUUUGGGAACAGUCCAAAGCAGGUGACCUUUCAGGACUCCUUAAAUGAGUCCAUUGGUCAGUAGCUUUCUUCUGGAUCCCUGAAGGCUUAUCUGACCCUCUCAUCUAUUCAGAUAAAAAGAAUAAUGUACUAUGGCAAGCAUUAUAAAGUAGUCAAGACUGCAGCUUUUGGUAAGGUCAACACUGGACCAUCAAUGGGAAAUUUGGCUUUCCAUUUGAGUGACAGUUCCUUAAUUACUUAAAUGCUCUAAAGACAACCUAGACACUUUAUUGAUCCACAACCAGUUUUCUUUUUGGAGUCCUCUUGAACGUAGAGCCUCUAAGACCCUCUGGAAGUCACAUCUCCCCAAUAAGGGCUAAAAAAGAUUAGCAGCGUACAUUUGUUCAGAAGAGAAGAAGAUGGUCAGCCUCCAGAUGGGGGAAUUACAUAGGAAUUGAAAAGAGUUUAGGUUGGGACAACUGAGCAGAUUCCCAGAUGCUUUUUCACAUUUUUACUGUUCCAUUGUUUAAAUAGAAAUCAGUUCUCAAAACAUGUUACAUUAUUGCUGUAACCAAGACAAGUACCCAAAUAUUCCCAAGCCCCAUGUGAAAACUUUAGGAAUCAUCCCGUGCUUUGGACUAUACACACCUCCCUCGUCUUCCAUGACAAGUUAACUCCACUGCCCAAAGGGGUUUGGGAAAUGCUGAGAAAACCCCCUCGAAAGUUUUUAAACCCAACCAGACUUUUCUGAUCUGUAGCUUCCCCUGCCCCUUCUCAUGUCAUAUUAAAUCCAAAAGGUCAGAACAGAAAAAGCACCAAGGGACUGGCCCGUCCAUCACGCAGCCUGACUUGUUUUACCCACUACACCAGUGUUUGUGAUUCUACAAUAUUGGGCUCAGGGAUUCCCAGGACAUCUUUGCAAUACUGAAGGCUCUUGAUAUUUGUGAAGCCCUGGCAUGCCACAAUCUUGUUUCCCUGAUAUAUAAAACUGCAUUCCAUCCCAUUAGCCAUGGACAGUGAUACAAACUGAAAACCAAAACCUUUAUGCAUGUGUAUAAUAGUCUUCAUUUUAUUUACAUGUCUUGGCUGCCAGCCUAGAUAGAUGGACCAUCUGACUGGUCUUUGCUUAGCUGCUCUCAUGUUCGCAACGUAUAGGAAUACAGUUCUUUUCCUCCUUAAUAAAAACAGCUCAGCCCCUCCGACCCCUGCAAAGCCUUCAGUCUAGUUGGAUCGGUCAGGCCAGGACCAAUAAUGAGGUGUGUGAAAUGAUUUGCUGCAAAUGUCCAUGUGGCACCCUUAGCUUCCUUUGCCCGUGACUGUGGCCUUUAGAAUAGAGGCUUCGCUUGGCCAGGCUGUACUAUUCCAUUCAGAAAUUAAUAGACAGCAUUGACCUAUUCCCCACUCUUCCUCACCCUACAUGUUAUGCCCACCGGGUGCUGCUAAACUAGCAAUGGGGGAACAGGGGGGAUAUCACCAAUCUAGAACCCCUAAGACUGAAGGCCUGAGUCCAUGAAGGGUCCCAUCAUCAGAGCUCGUUCACCUUUGGGGGCAAGUUUGGACUUUUACAGAGAGCUAAAAGUAGCUUUGAAACCUGACAGAUCCAGAUGAAGGACUGAACACCUUAGAUGAUGACUGGCUCUCUUCAAAUCAUCAUCCUAUCCAGCACCAAUGGUCAAGGUUUUGUUGUUGUGUUCAUUGUAAAUUCCAUAAGUCCCCAUCAGGCUCGAGGCUGCCUGGAAAGGGAAGGGUCACAACCCUCUUGGGCCACUGGAUGGCACUGCUGCCUACAGGACUGCAACCACCUGCUGCCAGUCUGGGGUCAGAUGCGGACCACUGCAGAUCCCCCACCCAUCCCUUCCACCCCACUCAUCAGCAGCUGUCUUCCUCAGAAAGAAUCCAGUGUAGACCGGAGGCCUUGAAUGGUUUAGGAACUAAUAGAACAUAUCCUCCACUUCAGGGGCACAGGGUGGAGAUCCUUUCUCCUUUUUUAAUUUCCUCAUUCAGGUCCUCAAUGGGCUGCAAGAUGCUGCAGACGAGGGAGCCCUUCCGGUUUCUUUUUUUCAGCCAAGUUUUAGGUAAGAAUAGUUCCUGCCUUUCACACGAAGCUCACCGAUGACUGGGGUCAUCAGGUGUGCAGAAAUAAUCAGUUUCACUGGGGGGGAGGGGAGCGUGAAAAUGAAAAUCAGGUAUUUGAUGUCUGCACUGAAUGCAUUUGUGUCCUGUGGACACAUUGCACACCCCUGUGUAAAGGGUUGGGUUUUUUUCCACACCAUCCGAGUUACUCAGUCUGAUUAAUACGUCGUUGACAAAUGACACGAAGAGUUUGUAUCGAGUCCUGAUGUACAGAUAAGUGUAAUAUAUUCCUGAUAAUAAAUACAUGCUUCAGUGCCGAAGGGACGGAAGCAUGCAAACGGC